AUGGGCACACUUCUGUAUCACAUAUGCACCGUGUUUCUGUUCACCAAGUCCGACUUCAAGACUACCUUGAUACCUGUCACUGUAUUAGCCAUGGCUGUAUCUCCUACACUCGAGGUCACGAGGGUCGUUCACAGCAUAAUGUGGACUUGGAUACACCUGCUCCAGUUUGACGUGUCAAACCAGUCACUGAAUAUACAAGAGGACGAGAUCAACAAGCCAUGGAGACCUCUUCCGGCGAAGCGCGUUUCAAUGAGAGCAGCACGCGUUGUGCAUUGGCUACUCGUACCGUGCUGCUUCACCUUAUCAUGGAGUCACGGCACGGAUGUGCUCUUGGCUAGUGUGGCGCUCGUUUUCAUGAGCCUGCUCUACAACGAACUCCACUUACACGGCCGUUGGUUAGCACGCAACUUGCUCAAUGCCGCGGGUACAGCGGCGUUUGAGGUCGGAGCGACACUUGUCGCAGCUGGAGGAAUACAUCGUUUAGAUUGCACUGCGUUCAUGUCAGUAUGUCUCAGCGCAGCCAUUAUCGCUUCCACCAUACACGCGCAGGACUUCAAAGACAUCCGAGGCGACCAGCUUGUUAACCGAAUCACAAUUCCACUCUUGUUUCCUUCAGUUGCGCGAUGGACCAUGCUUCCCAGUCUGACUAUAUGGACCAUGGUUCUGAUACAAGUCUGGAGGAUCACCUGGAGCAUAGGCAUCAGGCUCUUGAUUGGAGCGAUAGCUCUCGGGUAUCGUUUUCUCGCUUUCAAGACGAUUCGUAACGAUCAGGCGUCAUACGUCUGGUAUAAUGUGUGGCUCUCUCUCGCUCACAUAUUACCUGUCUAUUACAGAAUAAGGCGUCAGUGA